AUGCUGCUGGACGGUGACUCUGAGUCUACAAACUCCUUCCAUGAAGACAUGAUCAAGAUUAUCGACCGUCUCCCGACAGAGGAAGAAUAUCGUCGCGUCCGCCACCUCGUUCUGCAGCAAGUUUCCGAAACCGUGUCGGACGAGCGCCUCGCACAGAUAAUUGCGGCGUGCCCACAUCUUGAGACUGUCGUGCUCACUGGCGUGCCGGACACGACGGACAGAACCGUCGUCGUGCUCACUGAGACUGCGCUCAACCUGGUGGGGCUCAACUUGUCUGGCUGCACGCAAGUCACGGACGUCGGCGUCCUCGAGAUUACGAAUAAAUCUCCGCCCUUGCAAUGGGUCCAGCUAAGUGGAGUGGUGGGGCUCACGGAUCCCUCGAUAUCUGCUAUUGCCAAAACUUGCUCACGUCUCGUAGAACUCGAGGUUUGCGAUCUGCCGUUGCUGACCCCGGUCGCGGUCAGAGACGUCUGGUCCUUUUCGAGAAAACUGCGGACGUUACGGCUGGCCAAUAAUCCACUUCUUUCUGAUAAAGCCUUUCCCGCCCCUCACUCUUUGGACGCGACUUCGGACCCGAACGAAUCAGGCGAAAAGCCCCUCCCCCAUAGGCCGACGACGUGGCUGGAGAAAUUGCCGCCUUUGAUCCUACGGCAUUCUGCAGAGAACUUGCGCGUCUUGGACGUUUCCUCGUGUAAAAUAACUGACGAUGCUGUGGAAGGCAUCGUAACACACGCUCCAAGGAUACAAAGCUUCAACCUUUCACGAUGCUCGUUGCUCACUGAUAAGGCGCUGGAAAGCAUCUCCAAACUCAACGAUCACCUCGACGUUCUGAUGCUCGCCCACGUCGCUAACAUCACCGAUCGCGGCUUAGUGCACCUCGCACGUUCUUGUACUAAUCUCAGGUGUAUUGAUGUAGCGUUUUGCCGUCAUUUAACGGACAUGUCUGUAUUCGAGCUCGCCGGCCUACCAAGCCUCCGGCGCCUCAGUCUUGUACGGGUCCACAAACUCACGGACAUUGCUAUCUUCUCUCUCGCCGAGCAUGCAACUGGAUUAGAAAGACUUUACCUGUCAUAUUGUGAUCACCUAUCAUUGGACGCGGUACACCUAUUGCUCCGGAAGCUUGAUCGUCUGCAGCAUCUUACCGCCACAGGUAUACCAUCUUUGCGGCGGAAAGGAGUGAAUCGAUUCUCAGAGCCUACGCCUCCUAACUGCGAUCCGGAUCAGCAGGCAGCGUUUUGCGUGUUCAAUGGGGAGAAUGUUGACCGUUUACGACGAUUUUUGGACAAGGAAGAUAAGCGACGGCGGGAAGCCGAAGCAAAGAACGUUCCUUUCAUACCGCGCUCGGACGAUAAGCUCGACCUCUACUAA